AUGCAGCCUCAGACACAGCAGGACACACAGAAGGCACCAUAUCAGAACGAGAAGUGGACACAAUGGCCGCAGAAGGAGAAGGACAAGUACCGUUCUGGUGUUAGUAAUGGUUGGGCUUUAGGACCGCUUCUUGGAUGGUCCAGUUAUGUAGAGGAGAUAAAAGGAAUAUCAUGUUCUGUGAGUUGGGACAUAAAGGAUAACAGUCAUCUUUCAUUUACAAUAAGUUUACUUACAUUUGGAUGGUUCGUACCAUUGUUAAUCAUCACGUAUAGUUACAGUAGUAUUGUCUGGACGAUUAAUAAAAAUAGUAAUGUGCACCAGCAUUCUCAAAACACUUCGCUGAGGAGGACCUCAAGAGACAGAAAAGUUGCUGUAACUGUAUUUUUAAUGAUUGGUGCCUUUGUAACAUCAUGGCUUCCGUACUCGAUUGUUUCAAUGUGGACUGCACUAGGAAACUACGAAUCUAUUUCACCAUGGGUACAGGUUGCCCCAGCAGUGUUUGCCAAAUGCUCAAUUGUCUGGAACCCUAUUAUAUAUGUGGCCAGGCACAGCAGCUUCCGUCAGGCCAUUAUAGAAAGCAUUGUAUGUUUCAGAGGUGUAUCAUUUCUUAAUAAGAUACAAAAUAGAAACAAGAAAGCCAAUCUACUGUUUAUGGAUAUAGGAAAGAAAAACAUUUAUGGAAAUAAAAGUAAUGUCAUAAUGGAAUCUAAUUCACGCAGUGAACAUAACUCGUGCGACCUGUUGGCUGAUACAUACUAUGUCGAUUCAUUUGUGCAAUGCAAACUAAAUACGACUGAAGAAGAAACUCAAAUAGUUCAAAUUGUGACAACUCUUUAAAACAUGUUUUAUUAUAUUGAGUAAUACGAUAAAAGAAUCCCCGAAACAUCAGAAGCAUAAUAAAGAGAAAAAUAUACGCCAAGC